AUGUUCGAUGUGUACGCAUUCGAGCCCCCCGUACGGUUCGAAACGCAUCGCGUGGGAUUCGGCGAGGAGCUGACGCGUGCGGCCUCCAGCCGAGUUGGGCACGAACUAAAGUCGCAGGGUCGGCGUCGGACGCCCGUACCCUACUGGGGAAGGGAAGUGGGGACUGGACAGGGUAGUGUAGUGGGUCCUGUCCUGGGGUGCUCGCAGGGGGCGGGGGUGUCUCAAUGGGGCGACUCGCCGCUUCUCUUCCACUACGGUCGCAGGGCCGGCCUAGCACGGAGCCCAUCCAGGGGUCACGGCGCCCUCACCUACUGCAUUUCCACCUCCUCUAGAGACACGAUUAUUACGGAUCGUAUAGGUUUCAUGAGGUCAAAAAUCUCAGAGAAAGGUUAUUAUCGUUAUCGACCUGUCAAGGAGACAUUUUUCACUAAACUGUCUCUGCAAAUUUACAAAAUAGGAGACGAAAACACUUUUAAGUUCUCCAAUUUUAUAUCGAAUCUGCCACCAAUUGGUGGUAGAGCGAUGCCUCGUUGCAGCAAACGUACGCGCAACAGCGCACCUACCAGUGAAGUACUUCCUGGAGCCACAGCCAUAGAAGAACACCAUCACCACAAAAGAUCCAGAAAUAGCAGAAGACAUUCCAAAACAGAAGACACCAGCUUCAGUGUAAAAAAAUGUUUAGCAUGGUUUAAAGAAUACACAACACCAUCAGAGCCAGAUGUAUUAGGUCCAGAAGGUAUGGAAAAAUUCUGUGAGGAUAUAGGAGUAGACCCAGAAAAUGUUGUGAUGCUGGUCAUUGCUUACAAAAUGGGUGCCAAACAAAUGGGUUACUUUACACAAGAGGAAUGGUUGAAAGGUCUAACGGAGCUGCAGUGCGACAGCGUGCAAAAGCUGCAGAACAAGCUGGAGUACCUGCGGGGGCUGCUGAACGACGCGUGCACAUUCAAGGCGAUCUACCGGUACUCGUACGACUUCGCGCGGGACAAGGAGCAGCGGUCGCUGGAGGGCGGCGUGGCGCGCGCGCUGCUGGGCGUGCUGCUGCCGCGCUGGGCGCUGCGCGCGCCGCUGGCCGCGUUCCUGGCGCGCGAGCGCCGCUACCGCGUGGUGAACCGCGACCAGUGGUGCAACAUCCUCGAGUUCAGCCGCACCGUGGACGCGCACCUGGCCGCCUACGACGCCGACGGCGCCUGGCCCGUCAUGCUCGACGAGUUCGUCGACUGGCUGCGGGCCGAGCGCGCCGCGGGCCGCAGC